GGAAAUCAGUCACCUUUUUCAAAUCCAAAUCCGCAAUCGAUACAUCUGCAGAGGGGUGGAAAAAAAGUGCACAGUUUGGCUGCUGGAUUUGGGUGGUUUUCCGAGUUUUCCGAAGGACUUUUAGGAUCUGGAAAGUGACUUUCGUUCUGCCAGUUCGGCAGUAUUCAAGGAUUUUUCGGGCAAUUUUCUUCUUCUUUUCCAGGCUGGAUGUCCAUCGUUAAUAGUGAGAUAGCCACUUCUGUGCGCUAGAGCGAGAGCAAACGGAAGAAGUAAGCGGAAGACGAAGAAAAGUGGUUCACUGAAGUGUUCGGAAGAAAAUUUAUCGAUUGGGUAUUUCUGUCUGCUGCCAAGUCGAAAAGGGAGCCAGCAAAGCAGGGAAAUCCCCGCCUCAGUGAGUGCGAUAGUCCCUGGUGGACACAGGUGGGAAGCAAACAGGGCGAAAUGUGGUGAAUAUUAUAGAAGCAGGGCAAAAAAAAAGUGCGUGUCAGUGUGAGUAGCAGCAAAAAAAAAAGUGCUUGAAGGAAUUUUUCCGUCGCAGUCGGUCGUACCUAGUUGUGAAAUUAGGAAGGAUUAUUUCGAAAGAGUUCGCAGCACAUGCAACCAGCAGAACGCGGAAAAAAAGUGUGUGGAAAAUGAUCUCAUUUAAUAGUUCGCUGAACGCCUACUCCGGUGUUUGAUUGAGGAGGGCUUCCACGAGCGAGGAAAAUCGAUAAACUCGGAUUAUCAUCGGCUCGGCUGACGAGGUACCUAAUAGCUUUGCACUUUACACACAGAGCAUAUACGUAAUCGCACGGGGAAAGGAGCGACAGACGGAUUUCGUCCAACAACAGCAACAGCAACAGCAACAACAACAACAGGCCUACCAUCCUAGACGUGUAACGAACCGGUUGGAUAGACCGAAUCCCCGACCUCCUAGCUCCGGUCGGAAAAUCUUUCAUCCACCUUAUCCGCACCACUCUCACUCUCGAAGCCCUCGAGGUGCGCUAUAGCUCUGCCGAAGGGGGUGUGCGUGCGAUAUUUUUUCUUCGGUGUGUGACCUGUUUAUCCAAGAAAACCAGCCUUCAUGAUCGGAUCAUUUUGGAAUCUGUGUAGAGCGUGCCCAUCAAUGCCUGUAGACAAGCUCCACUCGGAAUACAGAAGCACCUAUCGAUGGCACGAGUACACCGGGGGUCCCGAGGUCGUCCGCAAGCCACCUGUGCCAAAUCAAUUCGCAGCUUCGGUCAACGAACCGCCCUUGCCGCGGAGGAAAAAAUGUCCGGAACUGGCCUACCGGACGCACGAGUUCAUGGCGGCGAACCAGCGAGGAGGCAACGAGUCAUCGGCGGCCCAGGCAGGAGGAGGAGGAGGAGCCGGUCACGAUAGGCCCGAUGCGGCGACGACUCACUCACGUGCUAGGUCUGAAGAACGCGGAACGACCCCUUCCCGUCGCAGUAAAUCGGAAGGACCACCAGGGGUCGCCAACGGACGGCUACCGACCGGAACCGGAAUCGCUAACGGAAUCGCGCACGAGCCGGUCUCGGUCGAGGUCAGGGCGCAGGAACAGCCGGGUGAGUCUAGUGGCCUAUUCAAAAAAACUAUUAGCAAAUUGAGCACAGAGUAUCGCCUGCAGUUCGUGUGGCCCAACGUGCGCAGGGCGAUCAAGGGGGCCGGUGGGCCGUCUGGCCGGGAGGAUUCGGUAAUCGAGCCACCGCGCAAGUCCCUCUCGAUGGGUGCACUGAAAGCUGCGCAGGCCGCCGCCGCCGCCGCCACCAGUAGCAGCAGCCACCAUCAGGCGGUACCCACCGUGCAUAAAAAACGAACCACAAACGAGCGAGAAGCGAACGCUCACGAACUGGAACCGCUGGUGAACGACGUCGACGCCGAAAAGCCGCAGCAUGAAAAACGCGACAUGGUGGUCGAGCACAAGCUGAAGGCAUACAAAUCGGAGAAGGAGCGAUACGGUUUCGAACCGGAAGCGGACGGAGGAGCCGCCUUGCGGAACAGUGCCGCCAUGGAUAGCGCCUGGUACAAGGAAGUGCUGGAACUGCGGAAGAAAGCCGGUGAAUACAGGAACCGAGGAUGGGGCGGAGAGAUCAAUCCGGAGCUGUUCAACAAGCAGCAAGAGCUCUGGGAACAGGUGUCCAGGCGAAGCUCGCUGAGUGCCCUGUCGCUGGCGUCCAGUGUCAGACCCAUCACCAAAGAGGAGAAGGAGAAGGAAAACAACAAGAAGAGUUCACCAACGAAGCCGUACGCUCCGGGCCGCGGUAAGAUUCCCGGCAGUGCACGGCCAGUCGAAAUCGGCAAGACCCUUCCGGACGGAUUGGCGUUUUCCCGUAGCCGAAAGGACAACAUUCGACACCACUUGGAGCGCACUACGGGUCCGGAUGCCGAGGAGGGAGCUCUGCUACCAUCACCCACUCGGGAGAAACUGAUGCCAGCGAUUCCCCGAUCCAAGGGUGACAGUCCCCAGCGGGGAAGUCCACAGAAGACGGGUCUCUCGCGGCAUGGAAGCCCUCAGAAGGGUAGCCCUCAGAAGAGCAGCCCCAAGAAGAUAUCCAAUAAAGGACGAUCGCAAUCGGUCGGUCCGACCGUUGCACCCGAUGCCAGCGUACCCAGCGUACCCAGCGUCGUAGGAGGUUCACCGAAGCGUCAGAUUCGCUCCGGUAGCACUGCCACUUCCUCAACCGCUGCCUCGGCAGCCAAAGCGCACAACAAGAAGACGCCUACUACGGCCACGACCCCAUCGCAACCGGAGCGCCGACCCAGACCGACAACCCUAUCCACAACCACCAAUCAUUCCCGCUCUAAGAGCAACACUCUGCCCCAAAGUGGCCCCACCAGAGUGCAUUCCGCUCCUCCCAGUAGACCCCCGGUGGCGACCUCGACCACCACCACCACCACCACAACCACCACCAACAACAACAACAACAGCAACAUCCAGAACAACAAUACCAUCAACAACAAUAACAAUAACAAUAAUAAUCAUCUUCCCAAUCAGACCCAAGUCCCACCACCGCCAUCUACCAAGCCCGAUCAAUGCAAUAACAACUCCAUCCCCAACAUCACAUCUUCCACCACCACCACCACGACCCAUCCUUCACGCGCUAAGCUCACACUCGGUACUAAGAUUGGCUCGCAGAACCGGCCUCGGGCGGCCAGUGCCAGUUCGACGUUGAAAAAACUAGAACCCUCGUCGGCGGCGCGCAAAACCGCCAAAGGCAAAACCGAAUCGGGACCCAAAUCCGCCGGAAACGAGGACGACGCCGAAAAGGACGGUGGCGUGUCGGUGUCCAGUGCCAGCCCACUGCCGCCACCGGAAAUCACCGAGCAGAUCAUCAAAUCGCCGCCGGAGCCGACCCGAGUCAAAUCACCCGAGCAGAUCAUUAUGCGUUCGCCGGAUCCGGUCAACUGGACCGUUCCCCUGGACACGGGUAAAACCUUCACCGUCACCCAGAACGUACGAGAAGGUGAUCCUAUGAUCCGACCACAUAGCGAAAUCAAGGCUUCUACUCCAGUGGAUCAUCCACCACCAGCACCACAAUCAGCACCGCCAGAGCUUUCAGAGCAAUCGAAGUUGCCCAAUACCAAAUUGGAACCCGAUUCGAUCAAGGAGUCCGAAGACGAAGAUGAAGAUUUGCUGAAAUCCAAAUCGUCGAUCGCUUCAUCCGUAAACCAGCCGAUAUCGGUAGUCGUUCCAGUUGAAUCUGUUGCAGCAACCACCACGGCAGUCCCGCAACCAAUCACUACUGAGGCGGUGGUUGAGGCCAGUUCUGCUCCUGCCCCAGCACAAAGCAACCCGGAGCCAGUUCGGUUCGAUAAACCCGUACCGGGAUCAACGCUGCGCUGUCUGGAUGAUCCGGCUUUCGAGACGGACAUCAACUCACCGGUCGGAUCUCGGAACGUGGCGUCCGAAGUGCUGGAUAAGGCCCGGGACCGGUUCGACCGCUUCUGGGGCAAUCCGGAUGGAUCCAAACCGGACGAAUCCUAAACCCUUGCGGACGCAGUACGUACACAAAUACUACCCCAGUUGUAAGAGCUUUCUUUAGCAUCUAAUUACCCGAGUUCGUUUGGCUCAGUGUAUAAUCCGGAGCCGAAUGGGAUCCCCCCCUAACCCCCCUUUGAAUGGUUUUCAUCUUUGCGCGCUUGUAUCCACGCGGGGGUUAAUCUCUUACUCUCGAUUCUCGAUGAUUUGAUAUCUCUAAUCUCUACGAUAGGCAGAAUGUUAUCACAUAAACCACAUCACGACAGGGUAGAUUUAGGAUGUUAUUACUCUAUCUAUAUAUAUACACACACACACACACACACACAAAACACAUCACAUAUACUCGAAGAAAAAAAAAACACCUGUUCACAGCAUUACUUUCGAUCCUGCUCUUUGAAAAUGAUGGGAGGAGCUCACAGAGUACCCACAUACGAAACAAGAAAUGCACUCCAGUUUCCUGUCUUGUUAUCUAAUGUUUAGAAGACGCGAAAACCAUAUAUUGCAGUCGAAUACUAUUUGUGUAACAUCCAGACAAAAUAGGCUAAUGAUUACCAACUACUCACAGCAUCGUUCGGGCACGACCUCAAACAGAGACAGUACACAUUGCAUUGCAAACAUGAAGUAGAAUCAUCGGCGGCCACGCUUUCACAAAUUCAUCUUGAAACACACUUUGUUAAGCCGCAGUUUCCAAAUCGCUUUCAGUAGUAGGAUUCGGGAUCGAUCUCUUUGCAGCAUGAUCUCAGGGAGCAAGCGUUUCUCGAAUUGGCCAUUAGGAUGAGCGGAAUAGCGAACGGAUGGGAUUCCGUGGGACAAUUUUUGGUAUGAUUUGGAAUGUUAUUUUAGGAUGUUCAGACUAGCAUGGCUUUUACUUUCGUCAAUGUUCAGUUCGAUCUUUAUAGAUCAUUUGGUCGAUACAGAUUUACAAAAAAUCGGCCAUUUUGAAUUUGGUGUAUUCUAAAUUUGUCAACAAAUCAUAACACGAAAACGUCAUUCCAAUCGAAACGACAUGUGAGACAAAAUUGUUAAAAAUAGUUAUUUUCAGAAAAAGAUGCACAGCUUCAAAAAGAUGCGUCACUCAUAACAAAACGGCCAGGCCUACUGUGCAGCAUUUAAGGGGCAAGAUGAUUCAGAAAACAUCGGGCCUGUUUAAAUCGAAGAUUUAAACACGAUACUUCAGAAUCCAAUAAAUGGAUGAAACGUGGACAUCUCGUACCGUACGUUCCGAUUUUAGUAAUUAUAUGAUUGAUUGGUCGUUGGAAGCAUCAAAGCUAGAAAGGUUAAGUGAUGCUCCA